AUGGGCCGCCGACCCAACCAGCUGAUCCUCGAAUACUUCGAGCGCGGCCCUAAGCUCGAAGAUGCAAGCAACCGCUACCAACACACGUGUAAAUCGUGCGGCGAAAAGUUUCCUAAAGGUCGCAUAGACAGCCUCACCAACCACCUAGUCAAGAAAUGUCCUGCUCUGCCUCUUCAAGACCGGCAGCGUGCACUGCUGCAAAUGCACGAGCUGCCCCUCCCCGACAACAUGACGCAAACGGCCAAUACGAACGCACCGGGACCGAGCCAAAUGCAGCAUGGCCAGAAAAUGAACCUUCCUUUUGUACCUUCGAAACAGCUCUCUGCUCUCGAGACGCUAGCUGAGGUCUCGCGACAGCACUUGGACCUGUCUGGAAAGCGAAUGGCAGAGAAGCAGCCCUCACAACCGCAACACGGCCACAAUAAUACAAGUCAUGCAGGGCUAUUGGAAGAGUUCUUGAUACAAGAUGAUAGACCGGACGGUUCCGAUUUGGGCAGUCUUUCGCAUGGCAUGGACAUGUCAAACCCGCCAGCUAUGCCGUCUAUGUACCAGUUCAAUAAUUCGCUGCAUCACUCACCGACAACUUCCCCGCACAUGGGCCACAUGCCACUUUCAAACUCUUCAUCCAUGUCGCACAUGGUUCCCUCACUCGUCAUGGCGGCAUCUGCGGCAAACGAUCUGAUGCCGCUGACCAACGGCUUGUCAAUGGACUCGGAUAUGAAUCUCUCAGGACAUGGUCUACAUAACAUGUCAGACGGAAAAUUCUUUCAUACGCAAGGACGUGGACACUGGCCGAAUAUACAACCCAAUUCGCUCGACCCAAUGUUGCAAGACCAUAGCAAAGAACACAUGCAGAUAAAUGACAGUCACAAAGGAAUGGGCCACCAGCGACCGCUUGCCAUGAACGCAGGUAAUCAAACGCACUUCACAACGGACUUCAGUAUGAACCAAAAGCCAGCAAAGCCAAAGGUCAGAGGGCGCUUCACCGACUCGAGGCGGAAGGAAGUACAAGAGGUGCGCAAACGAGGCGCGUGUAUCCGGUGUCGUAUGCUCAAGAAGCCUUGUUCUGGAGAAAACCCAUGCAAUACUUGCCAGAAUGUUGAGAGCGCACGGCUUUGGAAGCAGCCUUGUAUUCGGACACGGAUCGCAGAGGAAUUUGGUCUCUAUACUGCCGGCUUACACAGCGUCCUCGCAUUCCACGCCACCAACCAAGCAAAAGGCCAGAUACGACUUGACCAGACGCCAGGACGGAUAGAAGCCAGCCAUUUCCCGGCUUCUGGGACUUUCGCGACUUUUACCCCACUGAAAUGUCAACAAACUGCGGCGACCCAGACCACGGAUAUCGACCCGGCUAUUUUCUCAGGACUAGCGUCACCCGAUUUGGAGUUGAUAGAUAGCGAUGACGAUGUUAGUGGAAAAGUAGAUCACUACGUGAAAAAGAUGGCUGGCCACUUUGCCGACACCGAGGACUCUCACUUCAUGAAGGCAACGGUACACAGCGCGAAAAGUAUUGCAUCAUUGAGCUCCGAUGGACUUAUAUCCAAGUCACUGGAGCUUUGGAACCUUACCCGCAUACUCACGUCCCGCAACUUCGAAUGGCACUUGUUCUCUAAUCCAUCUCUUGCGCCUACUCUGGCCCCCUCAACGCUGUCUGCUGCAGAUAUCGAUGAUGCAGUUCGCAUGCCCAUCACAUCUCUGGAGCAUGCCUCUUCUCACAACCUCAUUAGCAUGCAGCUCAUGGGCGCAACAGAGAAGCGGGCGGCAUGUCUUGCACGCAUUGUCAUGAACGACCUCGAACGCAGAUUACUGCAGCGUCAACAAGCAAAUCCGUUUGAAACCUUCCUUGUUGCAGUUAUACUCCUGGCCUGUGUAGAGCGAAUGUGCUGGCUGUUCCGUUCUUGGGAAGUCCCGUCUACGACUCCAACAGGCGAAAGCAGCAACGAUUCUUGCAAGCAAACCUCCAAUCCUCAUAACGACCUUGUAUCUGCUCUCGAUUCUGCUACAGUCAAUUCUUCGUCUCCUCCCGCACCAGCACAAGACCUUUUGAGCCAGUCCUAUCGCAAUCCCCGAUGGCCACUUGACAAGUCCCCGUCUACGUUCUCGCAGCAAGGCGAAAAGUUUAGCGAUAUCCUUAACAUGUUGCUCAAGAUGCGCGGUGUUCCCCCCAAGGUGACGUCGAUGAAUCUUGACGGGACGCUGACGGUGUGGAAUGAGGAUGCCGAUGAGAAGGUCCGGGAAUGGUACAAUGGGAUUUCGGUUACGACGCUGAUGCUGGAUGAGCGGGCGAAUGCACGUUUUGCUGGUGACGAUCCAAAGGAGUGGGAACUGAAGUUUAUAGGAAAGAUUAUUAGAGGGGAUUAG